AUGUCUACAUCAGAAAACGUCUAUAGAAUGCUUAUACUCCUGGAGGAGCCGGCUCCAGAAAGCAAAGAAGAUACCAAGAAACAAAACGCUACGCAUGAGUUCGUUGACGAAGUCACACUUCCGAUCCAGGUCGACGAGAUGGACCUCUUAAACUCUUGGUUCGACAAGUUCGACGAAAAGAUAUGCAUCCCUAACGAGGGAAACAUCAAGUACGAAAUCAGCAGCGACGGUCUAAUUGUUUUAAUCCUGGACAAAUCUAUCGAACACCUCGUCGCAGACGUCAAGCAAUUUGUCGAGGAAAACAUUCCAGAAGAGCAAUAA